CGUGGAGCGCAGCAAGUCCGCGCGUAAGACCCCCCCAUCUUACUAGUUCGCGAUCCACCGUGUAACACACUAAUCUCGAUAGUGACACCAGAAAAUUAUGUCCGGGCAAUAAUUUCGCUUUCAAAGAGAUAUUCGAGCACCUCCACCUUCCCAGGAAACAACUAUGUCGCUAUGAAAGAAUGGUUGCUGCAAGACCGUAGCCUUCUCAACUCGGUGAAAACGGAAGAAGAUACCGCCAUUUUUGCUUCAGAAACCGAGCAACCCCAUGAUUUGGUCGUGGUGUACAACAGCUGGGAGAAUGAAUGGGGUGUGCAACACUACAGUCAAGAGCAACAUGAAGCCUUGUCGGCUGCCACCUCUGUCCCAACGGGAGGCUUCGGGCAGUUGGUCUUCAUCCGAGGCUUCCUAUCCCCAUCGUGGGUGUCUGCCCUUGGGAGCAAAUACAACAUCGAUCCUGAGUUCUUUAGGCGACACAUGGAUUUUCUUUCCGCUAGCAUUGAAAGACAUGCAUAUAGCCUGCCGUCACUAGCGAGUUCCUCGAACAACAUUUUUCGACUUUGUGUCAGCACUCUUCUUCAUCGCGAUGAUUUUGGCGGACAGGAUCUACUUGCGCAACGAUCAGCUAAAGCUACCGAGCUAGCAGGAUACAAGAUCCGACAGCUUGCUUCUACUAAAGUUCGCUGCGGAGACUCCUUGGUGCGCGAGUACUCCACCGUGUGCCCGAGCUUCUCCGUGAUCGAACAGUGGAUCUCACUCUGUAUCACGAAGACAGAAGCGGGCUGGGCUGCCAUUGCUUGGAUGGACCAAGGGAGACCACUAGAAAAGUCACCCACGGGACCAUGGACAAGUCACAUUGCAUCCAACGCUACACCGCUGCCUAUCAUCCAACACCAUCACAAGAUGGCAUUUCGAACCACCUCCAACCGACUAGAUCCGGAUGCGAAUGCGGCGGCAGAAGUUCAGCAAAGCACAGCCAUCCUUCCCCUGCAGUACUAUUCAUUGGCUGCGCUCGUGGAUCUGGCCCGUCGAGCGCCCCAAGACCCUCUCUCCAUGUGCAUCCCGUUGUUUGCGCAUGCGGCCUUUUCCGAAGUUCAGUUCUUAAAUCUCAUGGAGUCCAAAACCCAAAUCCAGAUCAAUCUCGUAGCCGAAGCAGUUCCUGCCGACGCGCUGGCCACCUUUCAGUACUUUGCCAACAUUCUCAACCGACAUGCCCAGCAGCUCAAAAACAGUAUCCGUGCAAUCUGCAAAUUGGCCGAGAGGAGUAGUCAAGGAUCCAGCCCAAUACCCAGAAGUGCCGCGUCCUCAGACACACAGACCAAAAGCACUGGCCCCAGCAGUUCUGGCGGCACCUUCACAGCAAAGGGCCUCUUGGAAGACUACGAACAACUUCAUGCUCGUUGCAUUUACUUGUCCAAAAUGUGCACCAGGGGCAUCACUCUGGCAAUGAACAAAGCCAUGAUUGAGGAGUCGAGCAAAGCCAUCGAGCAGUCCAAGAGACUGAAAAGAUUGACCGUGCUUGCGACGCUCUUUAUUCCUCUGAGCUUCAGCUCUAGCUUGUUCGGUAUGAACAUUGAUCUCCUUGGGCAGAGCACGGUGAGGUUCUGGUGGUUCUUUGUGCUAUGUAUUCCUAUCAUGCUUUUCAGCUAUGUUCUUUAUCUGUGGGACCUUGAGGUUUUGAGGCGGUCCUGUAUAACGUUUUGGAGACAAUGUCGCGGUAUUCGGACACGGGAGACUGCUGGAAGAAGCGAGAAGGAUCUGAGCUAUGUUGUGUGACGCAUCUUCCUGUGAUGUGUACUGAAUGACACUCUCCGUUCUAGUACCAUGCUGGCGAUAGAAGAUCAUUUGCGCGUCACGCUUAGCAAGAAGCAGUGUAGGCAUUACCAGUUUCCACUGCUCUGGACACAGAUAGAACCACACUUACGAUUCUUCAGGCGAUUGGCCCGAUUGUGGCGUAGCAUGAGUACUUGUACAAGUCGAC